AGCACACAACACUUUUGGCUAUUUGGGUAUUUUUGUAUUUUCUAAGGAUUUUUUUACUUGAGUACUGAGAUUGCUGACGUGAAGACGAAGAUAGUACAGUGACACUCGUUCUUUUGUUGACUUAGUUGUCAACUCGACAUCUAGAGCAUUCUGGACGUAAUAAUGGUAACAUAAUCAUGCCGCGGACAGCGAUGCUUGGCGAAUGGAUUGAUCGUAUGGACGCAAGAUGUGACCACCAUCCUCCUUAUAUGCGACUCUAUAGCAGCCGGUUGCCAAUUGUGACUGCUUUAAAGUGAAAAGCCAGGGUGAUGAGAAUAAUUUAAUACAUUUGAUAACUGUCUGAGGAUACGAAAUAUGUUUUUUAAACCCGGAAUAUACAUUGUAUCAAUGACGCCUGGUGUGUUCGUAUUUGUGUGUGCAAUCGUUGCUGCUGGUGCUGUCCCAGCCUGUGACAGUGAGAUAUGGUGUCAGGGGCCGCUACUGGAAGCUUUACAGACCGCCAGGCUCUUCCCAGACUCCAAAACGUUUGUGGAUAUGAGCCUUAAAGCUAACCCAGAUGAGGUGUUGACGGCCUUCAACAAUUUGAAUGAUACAUCCCGUUCAGAUCCGGCACAGCUGCGCCAGUUUGUGUCCCGGUAUUUUGAGGACCCGGACACUGAGUUCGAAACAUGGGUUUCCAUGGAUUACGUCAAAAACCCAACAUUUUUGAGCGAGGUCGAGGACAAGGACUACAACGCUUUCGGUAAAGAUCUAUGUGGUAUCUGGAAACACCUGGGCAGAAAGAUCAAAGCGGACGUACGGACGAAUCAGACGCGGUAUUCCCUCAUCUACCUGGAUAAACCGUUCAUUGUGCCUGGAGGGAGGUUCCGGGAGACAUACUACUGGGACUCGUAUUGGGUGAUCAAGGGUCUGCUUACGUGUGGAAUGAAUACCACAGUGAAAGGAAUGCUUGAAAACUUUGUGAACUUGGUCAGCACAUAUGGCAAAAUACCGAAUGGAAAUCGCAUCUAUUACACAGAGCGUUCUCAACCGCCGCUGUUUAUCCCAAUGGUGGAUAUGUAUUUAAAAGCUACCGGCGAUCUGGAGUUCGUUCGAGAAAACAUAGACGUCAUUGAAAGAGAGUACUUGUUUUGGAUUCAUUACAGAUCGGUAGAUCUUCAGGUGGGAGGGAAGAAAGUGCAGCUUAAUCGGUUUGCUACGCUGAUUGAUAAACCACGGCCGGAAUCCUAUCGCGAAGAUAUCGAGACUGCCCAAAUAGCUGCAGCCAGAGGCAGACCCGCCUCGGAUGUAUACAUAAGUCUGGCGUCUGCGGCCGAGUCUGGAUGGGACUUUUCCUCUAGGUGGUUCUCGCGAGAAUACAACGAGACGUCCAAUAAAUCUCUUUGGUUGAGUUACAUUGAUACCACGGAUGUAAUACCGGUGGAUUUGAAUAGCAUACUUUGCUGGAAUGAAAAGAUUUUGUCGGACCUCUUCCAUCAGUUAGGAAAUGGAUAUUCAGGUAAUUUUACCAACUAUAAAAGAAAACACGAAGCAAGACAACAACAUAUACAGGAUGUGUUUUGGGAUAGCGAGAGAGGGCAAUGGUUCGACUACUGGCUGUCGUUAAAAGAACACCGGACUUCCUUUUACCCCUCCAAUUUGUUUCCGAUGUUUGUUGGAUGUUUUAACGAGUCGGAUGAUACUGGCUAUCGAGCGAUAAAAUAUUUGCAGGACAACAAUCUUCUUGAGUAUAAAAGCGGGGUACCAACUUCCCUGGUUGAAACUGGUCAACAAUGGGAUUUCCCGAACGCGUGGCCCCCGAUGAUAGAUGUCGUGAUUACUUCCCUUGAACGUAGAGGAACCAGCCAGGCGCGAGACCUAGCCCUGCAACUGGCAAAUCAGUGGAUUGAAAGCAAUUACCAAGGCUACACUCGAACUCACCAUAUGUUUGAAAAGUACGUGGUCACUGAUGUGGGAUCACGUGGAAGCGGUGGCGAGUAUGAUGUUCAGGAGGGGUUUGGGUGGACAAACGGCGUUGUGUUAGACCUACUGAAGCGGUACGGCAAGGACCUUCGACGCAGUGAUUCUACAAGUGGUGACUGUAGUCUCCAAAACACUACAUUCGUGGGAUUUAUUCUCCUGACAUUUUUUAUUCGCUUAUUUGCCUUAACUACGUGAUAAUUGUUGUGACCAAAAAGGUUGUACGGUCUUUGUGGGCCGCUUGUUGUGAAUAAUAAAAACAGAAUAACAGGGUUA